UUGACAAUGAAGGAAAAAAGGGUGGCAGCGCUUGCGUUUGGAACUCACGUCACUUUUUAUGGAAUAAAUUUAAUUUUUAAACCCACUGUAAAGCAAAACACGGGAAUUUUUACUGAAAGAAAACUAGAAAAAUUGUAAAUCGCAACUGUUAGCCGAGUAUAAUACAGUGGAAAGAAUGAGCGAACCAUGGCCAGAAGAUGCUACUCUCUAUCAGCCAUAUGAGGCUGAACAGAUUCUAUUGCCUGAAAAUGCCAGUUGCUUGGCUGUGAAAGCGUACUUAAAAAUGUGCAAUCUUCCGUGCGAAGUGAGGUCGUGUGCCAAUGCAGAGUUUAUGUCUCCCGGCGGCAGAAUGACGAAAUUGCCCGUGCUGCGUGCUGGGGCCUUUGUCUUUGCCGAAUUCGAACCGAUAGUCAAUUUUGUCGAACAUAAAAGUGAAGCUAUUGGUCAGUGGUUGGAUGAAGAUGAAAAGGAUGAAAUGCGUACUUAUGUAUCGUUAACUGAACACAUAUUCACCAUGGCCGAGUUGUAUGUUAGUUUUGUAGUCGAUCGAGUUUACGAUGAUAUUACAGCACCCCGUAAUGGCUGUGUGUUUCCUUGGCCUUUAAAUAAAAUGCAAAACUUCUCGAAAAGGCGUCAUGCUUUAAAGCUCUUGAAAGUAUACCAGUGGGAUGAUAUGACCAUAGAGAAUGUCAUCGAAAAAGUUAAAAAGUGUUGUGAAAAUUUACAAAUGAAGCUGCUGGAGACCGAAGGACCCUUUUUCUAUGGAGAAGAGCCCUGUGAAUUGGAUGCUAUUGUUUUCGGUCAUUUGUUUUCUGUACUUACGAUAAACCUACCCAAUAUGGCUUUGGCCCAAACGGUGCAACAAUUUAAACCAUUGGUGCAAUUUUGUCGUUUAAUAGAUGAGAAAUAUUUUCAAAUGAAGUCCUUGUAAAUUAUUAAAAAAGAUAUGUCUGUGUUCUAUAUUGUCAAUCGGUACUAAUGUGAGAAGGAUUUGCUUGUUUUAUUAUUAAUUAUUUUAUUUUACUAGUUUUGUUAAUAAAUGAACAAAUACAUACAUAUGUAUGUAUAUGUAUUUUUUAAAUGACAAA